AUGCCAUUCCAGAGCCAGGCAAAGCAGCCGGCAGACUUCGAGUACAAAGACCCCGGGAGUUCCAAGUCGCGACCGCCGGAGGCAUUCCGCGACCCCUCUGAGCACAUCCUGAGCGGCAAAGGCAGCACGCUGCAGCAUGCCAGGAGCGUCUACUCGCAGGGUCCGGUCGAGAUCCUACCAGGCCUCUUUCUUGGAGACGAGCACAACGCGCGUGACAGCGAGAUGCUCUCCGACCUCGGCAUCACUACGGUGCUCAACGUGGCAAAAGAGACGGUCCUGCCUUUCCAGCUCGAAGCCAACACUUCUCCCCUCCGCGUCAAGGCCUCAAAUGCCUGGCCCGAGGCGUCAAGCAACAGCGGGGCGCCGCCGCCCGUGGUCCGCCUGAGGAAGGAGUCGGACGACUUCUUCACCCCACCAACCACCGCCUACCCGACCGCCUCGGAGCUCGCCAAGGCCAACGAGGCGCCCAGCUCGGCUUCAUCGUCAGACUGGUCCUCUCAGCAGCCGUCUCCGCACAAUAGGUCUGCGAAACAGCGGUCCGCAUACCCUCCGUCUGCAAGCCCGGUCAGCGCAUCGUACCUGCGCAACACCGCAUCGACGCCAAACCUCUUGAGCCGCUUCAAGAAGGUCUCAUCGUCAGAGUCUCCGAUCGCCAGUGCCGGACUCGCGGAAGAGGACGAGCAGGACAGCGCGAACCAGGGGCAGGCGGCCGAGCGCGAUGCCUUGACAGAAGGCCACUUCUUCCGCUAUUCGGACCAACGACGUGGCAGCUCCGACUCGUCCGAGGAGGCCUACGACAACGCAUCCUCGCCCUCGUCGCGCGCCGACACUUGCACGUCGUCGGCCACGGAGUUGACGCCGCCCGCCCCCAACAGCUCGGGCGUGGGCAUCGUCACGACAAAGAUGCAGGCUGCCGGUGUCGACGCCGCGCCCGCAGCCUUUAUCGCUACAGGCGAGCAGCACGGCGAAGACCGCAGCGAUAUCACGGGCGUCGACCUGCCGAGCAACGCCAUCGCCCUCAAGGUGCCAGCCAGCCCUAUCUCGGCUCGUAUGACGGACCUCCGGUACAUCAAGCUGCCCUGGACGCACGACGAGACCGACCUGGCUGCUCCCGGCGGUGGUUUCACGCAUGGAUGUGCCAUCAUCGCCGAGGCUCUCGGCAUUGAUUCGAGGGUCUGGGACCCUUCGACAGUGGCCGACGACACGAGCGUGCUGCCUUUGCUCUUCCAGGGCGAUCGGGUCGACAAGCUGCAGUCCGGAUCGCACAAGGGCAAGGUGCUCGUGCACUGCCAGUGCGGCGUGAGCCGUUCGGCGACGCUCGUCAUCGCCUUUGUCAUGCAGGCCGCGGCGCUGCGCUACGGCUUCGAGGAGAGCCGAGCUCUCAUGGGGAUGCACGACUGCUACAACAUGGUCAAGGAGAAGAGCGCCAGCAUCUCGCCCAACAUCUCCCUCAUCUACCAGCUGGUCGAGUGGGAGCGACAGCUCUCCAAGGCCGCGUCCCGGCUGCGCGAGGCGCUCGGUGGCGCCGCGCCAGACACUGCCGUGGUCGCCGAAGCACCGGCUGGCGAAGCCGGCUCUCGGGUCGCCGGCGCUGGCGGCUCCAAUCCCGGCUGGUCGGUUGAGGUGCUCGACGAGGAGAAAUGGAGCCAGAUGAGGCUCGAGGAGGAGCAGAAGGAGGCGGAAGAGGAGCAGCGGAGGAAAGACGAGCGGCUGGCAGAGGCCAAGCGCGCAAUGGCAGAGCGGAAAGCUGCCUCUGACCGCCUGGAGGGCAAGUCGACGAGCGGCAGCGCCGGCGGCGAUGGUCUCGGCGGCGGAUCGCUGAUGCAGAGACGGCGGAAGGUGGCACCUGCCUUGCAGCUGAAGACCGUCACCGGCAGUGCUGCCGGACCUUUGCCACCAAGGCCCUCUAAGCAUCGCCCGCCCAUGCUCAACCUCAAGAGCCAGUCGAGUGCUCAGGAUGAAGGGCAAGCACCGCCCGAAACGCCCUUCCUCACGGCCAAGACGAACGCAUGGCGGCCGCACGAGCACAUGCGCAGCGGCAGCAGCGGCUCUGUCGACUUUGACAAAGACGUCGUCAUGGCCUCGGUCGAUUCGCCGGCGCAGGCGCCGAGCGAUGUCCGGGCCUUUGGGCAUUCGGGUCACGACGACCAAGGUGCGCCGAGCCUCGACAACACGGUGGACCAGGACGGCAUUGUGACGCCCCAAAUGGCCAGCGCCUCGACGCCCUCGGGGGCCGAGUCAGACGUGCGGAUGACGUCUCCUCCGCCGCAGUCAACGAGGCCGAGCUCGAUGUCGGGCGCGCUCCCGCAGUCGAGCACGAGCCCAGACGGCCAGCGGAAAGGGUCGGUGGCGAUGACGACGUCGCUGUCGUCUUCGAGCGGGAGGUCGCGCUUCAGCUUUGGCGGCAUCGCAGCAGCCUUUACACCGAGCGGCAAGCGUCGGCCGGGGUCGAUGGCGGCGAGCAGCGGUGGGGCCUUUACCGGAUCGCCGGGCCUGUUUGGUGCCAUGGCGCAGAGCAAGGAGGAGCGGCGCAAGCAGCAUCGCCGCACGUUCAGCAGCGACCUGCCUGCGCUCCGGGCUGGACUCGAGCUUGAGAAGCUAGUCAUCCCUCCUGGCAAGGCGCGAGGGCCGGUGUCGGCGCGCGAGAACGGCAAUGCCGGGUCGACAGGCUCAGGCCUCUCUGGCUCCACGUCGAUCAGCGAGACUUUGCUUCGAGGCGACAGCCGGGCGUGA